AGCUGCUCUCGCGAUGGCGGUUUAGGCUCUUAGGACUUCUUCUAUAUAUGUCUUCUACAUUCAACUUUCACAUUCUGGUCAUAUGUGAUAGAUAUCUCAUGCCCAGAACUUGGUUAUUAUAUGAUUUUGCCCCCGAUUAAAAGAAAAUGCCGCCGCCCUCAUUACUCCAGCUUUGCACGGCAACUGCGAUCAGGAACGUCAAAUAUUUAAAUGAUAUCGGAAACAUCCCUUAUGCCCUUGCUCGUCCGUUCCUCCUCAAGGUGGAGAGUCCGGAGAAACUGAGAGCAUUGGAAAUCCAGUCACCUCAUCUCAUGCGCGAUGACGAAGAAAUAUGGCGUGAAUUCAUCGAGCGGGACAUUCCAGAAUCGCACAGGGACGCUGUGCCCGAGAAGUCAGAUUGCUGGUAUGACGUAUAUCGCGAGCUUCAGGAAGAAGUACAACGGGCAGUUGAUGAGGAUGCAGAGAAACUCAAGAUGGCGCUGGAUGGGAUCAGCUCUGAGAGAGCCAAGCACAGUGCCAAAUUCAUCACGGACCGGCGCCUCCCCGGUCAGAGGCCUACUGCGAAGCAGCGCUACGCUUCCUACGAUCGGAGGAUGGGCGGUAUCAAACCAGUAUUCACUCCCGCGAGGACUGGACUGGGCUCCUCAGAUCCGUUAGGAACGCCUUCCUGGCAAUUCGAACGACCCUCCGUACCACGGGAGACAAAGAAGAAGAACAGCAUUUUCACCGCCACGAAGCGCAAUAGUGUGCUGGCCAUCCCAACAAAGCAGCUGAACAACAGAGCUUCGCAGGUCAGACAGGCUCCACGGUCCUUGAUUGAAGAACAUCGGCGUCCUGCCGAGCCUCCCGUCCCCCGCCGACGAGAUAACAUGGCUCUAGCUAUGAGGGCACCCGGACGGUCCCGGAUGCAGAGUGCUGCGGUCUCUGCAGGCCAGAAUAACCUAGCAGUCAACUCCACCCUCCGGGAUAGAGAAGCUCGACUCCGGGCAAUAGCCUCCGGACGACCAGCAGGCACUUUGGGGAUUUCGCCUGCUUCAGAAACCACGGCGCGGACUACACGCCCAGGAGUGGCGGGAUCACCCUCUACGACAGAUGCAGGUGACUCGACCGCGCCUGGAGCCCGUCCUCCUAUAGUUCGGAAAAGACCUGCGCCCGCUAAUCCUUUCCUCCAACCUAAGAAGAAAAGACUGAACUGACAUAUAAGUUGGUAUAUGAUAUUCGAAUGAUGAUUUCUUCUUUGAGCCAUAUAUACACCACUCUUGGACGUGGGCCGUGCUGUCCUUUCCGACAAUGGCCGGUACACCCGCAUCUUUUUGACCGUCAUUCUAUUUGCCCCUAUACUAUUCCGAUGAUUUGCGUUUUUUGUCUUCCUCUUUUCCUCCAUCAGAGCGCACUUCAGACAUGAUUGGCUUCAGAUUCGGCGCAAGGAGUUUUUCCUAUCUGCUGGUGGUGGUCAUAUCUAGAACGGGUUUUUAAGGCGAACUGGUCUGAACUUAUAUUCCGUACGAGGUCUAUGAAUCUUAUAUACCC